CAAAAAAAUAAAUACACUUUGCACUUAAGAUUAAAAAAAGGAACAUUGUCUGUAAAUCUGUUCUACUCAGAACUCAAGUGGCAUACGCGGUAGUUUUAUCUCCAUCUUGUUAAAUUUUGUAAGAAAAUCUCGCAUUAAGCACAUUUUGCUAUCAAAUCACAAAUCGCUUAAUCCUAAAAAGGUACCAUCAGAUCAGUCGUAUGAUGUACUGAUGCUACGUCAAGCAGAAAUGUCUGAGCUUUUCACAUGUUGAUGUUCGAAGUGUCGUUUUAGCUGCAGGUGCUGCAGAUGAUCGGCUGUUCGCUGCAGGAAUGCUAUGCUUUUGCGUUUUAGGCAAUAAAAUGUUUGGAUCUAAUGAGAUCUUAAAUGAAAAAUCUGAAGAACAUGCCCAUUUUUUUUAAAUCCGAUUAAUCAAUUAACCGUCUGAAUAAUUGAUAGGUUAAUCGAUAACUGCGGUUCCCUCUCCCGUUUUAGUCAAACAAACCUGGCACUUGAGAGAAUCCCUACAUUAUAAUCACACGUGUUCACACACAUCCUCGUCUGUACUUGUGUGUGUGUGUGUUUGUUUGCAUUCCUUUAAGGGUUUAAACUCAAAACUCUUCACUGUUUACGAUCAUCUGUCAGACGGACCUGAGCGAAGGUACAUCAGGUCUGAUCUCUUCCUAGCUGAUACGCUGAGCACACACACCGUCACUGCUCAAACACUCGCGUACACACACACACACACACACACACACACACACACACACACACACACACACACCUUUGGAGACCUUUGUCCCCAAGAGAGCGUUGUGACCUUUGUCUCAUGGGACGGUGAGACGCAGAGAGAGGUUGGGUUACUGAGCGCCACAGAUUUAGUUUUCUUUCGGUUUGAAUCACAGAUAAAUCCUCUGUAAUCUGUGUUAGAUUACAGAGGAUUGUUUGUUUGAUAACAGACACAUUUGUUUUUUAGACCAAAUGGAGACAAAAUAGGACAAUAUUUCAAACGUGUUUCUUUAAAAAAGUGGAAGAUUGUUUUGUCUUUUCCCGGAUUUUUGUACAUUUUUCUGUGAUUGUACAUUAUCUCUAUAAUGAGGCUGGAUCCCUGAUGGCAAAUGCUUCAUUUAUUUUUCUUUUCUUUUCAUAUAGAACAUGAUUGACUGGGAAACAAUCAGGGUUUCAUGUCUUAUCUUUAAUCAAUGCAACUUUGUAACUUCUAAUAAAAAUACCAAAAUAUUCUUCAAGGACCAGUAAAGUCACAAACAGCUGCUUCAUCUAUUUAAAAAAAAAACUGGUUUAACCUGAGUGAAGAAUUGUAGAUAUUAGUUAUGUUUUGUAGAGUUUCAAAAGUAUUUUUUGCUCUUUUAAAAGGUGAAAAAUGACACUGAGUUUACGGUACUCUAAUGGUACUCUAAUAUAUUAAAUACGAUUGAUACACAAAGUUUGUCUGUUGCAGUUGGUUUUGCUUUUCUGACGGGAAAAUACAAAGAAAAAAAAACAUUAAAAGAUCUUUGAGUAGCUUAAAUAAGAAUGUUGUGAUUAUAAGACUGUGUAUUAAACAUAUAUAACAACAUUGUCCCGUGUUUUCAUCUAUGAGUAACUUUGGGGCCUAAUUGUAUAUUAGGCAGCAGGAGUUUCUCAAAUAUAACAUGUUGCAUCUAUUUACUGACUUCAAAGCACCAUGCUAACGCAGCUAGCAAAGCAAUGAUUGACAGGGGUGAACUGGCUAGUAACAUAUUUCUUCAAAGUGUGACGACCUAAGACUAUUUUCCUGGUUCAGGAAACUCAUGUUUCAGAACAAAUACUUUGGCAAAGUCUGCAUUAGAAUAAAAAAAUAAUAAUAAUAAUGGCACUUUCUUCUGUCAGGAAAAAAAUAUGCAGGACUAAACUAGAAAUAAUAGCCUCCUUUCCCGUCUAUAUUUGUGAAGGUGUCAGACACUCUCGUCAGGUACCUUCAGGCUCCUCUGGGAAAUCCCACCUCCUCAAGCAGGAAGUCCUAUAAUAUAAAAGUGCUCUCUGAUGUGUUCACGGACCGCUAGGUAUUUGAAAUUUGAUUUAAGCCUCAGAGCAAGUGGUUGCGGACAUCAUCCGUUUCUUACAAUACAAAAAGAGGAACAUUCAGGAUUUUUGUGGAAGGAAAAGCUGAAAGCACAACAUAUAAACUCCGCUAAAAAUAUUAGCACAGAUGUUUUUGUUGAACUGCUGAUUCUGUCAUUAACAAGGCAAAUAAUUUUUACUGUCUGAAAAAUCAAAACUUACUUGAUUUUUUGCAAAUAAAUUAGACCUGCCGCCUCUUAUUCUUACAGAACUGAUCAAUAUAACUACACAUAAAAAAUUAAAUAUAUCUGCUCUGUUUCGAAUAUUAUGCAAAAAAUUUGUGAUUAAUUUCAGUUUGAAGCAAUUAGGUCGACUGAAUAGAUUUUUUUUACUUAUCUGACAUGUCAAUAAGUUAUUUUAUGUCAAUCAGUCAGAUUUACAGAACGUCGUUCACACAUUUGAAAGUAACACAGAGUGCAGUGCAAUUUGUAAAAAGGGACCAGGCAUGCAGACAGCCAUCGAUACUGACGCCACAUAAACCCUAAUCUAACUCCAAACGUCAAGUGACACUCAGAAGCGGGAGCGCGCUCCCAGCUGAGUUUUGACAUUUCCGACAGCCGUGAACGCAGCAGAGCCUGUGUUUGAUGAGAAGGUGCCGCAGCUUCAGACGGACUUCACUUCGUCCUCGGGCGCAGGGAGCGCAGCAAUCCGCGCGUGGCCGCAAAACCCAACGGCACGAGACAAGUUUUUGCCCGGAGGGACUUUUCUUCUUCUGCUGCUGCUCGUUUCUGCUCUGGCUGUUUUCACUCAGAAGAAUCAGAAAGUUCACUUUUCGGAAGUUGUUCAAGUCGCGGGCGGAUUAAAUCCAUCCAGGGAAACGCAUCAAGUGGAUUUUACUCACCUGGUUCCUCGUGGCACAGAAAGAGGAGGCUUCUGGAUAUUUAUAUUGCUCACAUUUACCACCUGUUCUGUCUGACCAUCCUUUUCUUUAUUUCUUUUUCUUUAUUUUUUCUUUUUUUGAAAACUCUACAGCACUGAUGAUGCGACUCUUUCCGGCAUACAGGACAUGUUUGGAGGACGUGCAGAGGGGCUGAAAUGUUACAGGGUCGUUAAAUUUAUUGGAACGUGACUGCCGGAUAUGAACUUUCUCCGUAAUGAUUGCAGGAGCGCUGGUGAAUGAUUGACAGCGUGCUGGCACCACUGGUUACCCCGUCAGAUAUCCAUUUUACCCUUCAACAGGCUGAUUUGUGUCUUUUCUCUCAGAACAGAACUUUCUUCUGUUGGCUCUUCUAAAACAUAAAGUUUGAGCCAUGAACUUGGGUAAAAUGAGCCCUUCUUUAUUUCAGUUGGCGUAAAGACUCUGCCGUACCCGGAUAACAGACUUACUUCAUCCAUGGCCUCAGCAGUGAGACUCAAGCCGUACAGCCUGACGCUGUACCUGCUUUUCGUCUUCUGGUCUCUCGGCUUCACAUCGGGAGCCUCCAAGGACUUGGUUUGUGAGCCCAUUACGGUGCCCAUGUGUAAGGGCAUUGGUUACAACUUGACAUACAUGCCCAAUCAAUUCAAUCACGACACCCAGGAGGAAGUGGGGCUAGAGGUGCACCAGUUCUGGCCCCUGGUCCGCAUCCGCUGCUCCCCGGACCUGCUGUUCUUCCUCUGCAGCAUGUACACUCCGAUCUGCCUGCCGGACUACAGGAAGCCGCUGCCCCCCUGCCGCUCCGUGUGCGAGCGGGCCAAGCGAGGCUGCUCCCCCCUCAUGAGCCAAUAUGGCUUUGAGUGGCCUGAGAGGAUGAGCUGCGAGCAGCUGCCCCAACUCGGCGACGAGACCCUUUGCAUGGACCAGAACAGCAGUGAGACCACCACUCUGGCCCCCUCGUUCCCGAAGUCCACCCCCAAAGUCAGAACCAGACCUUCCAGCCCAUCGCAGUGUGACAGGGAGUGCCGCUGCAGAGACCCCUUGGUCCCCAUCAAGCGGGAGUCCCACGCUCUCUACGGCAGAGUCCAGACCGGCCCUUUGCCCAACUGCGCCCAGCCCUGCCACCUGUCCUACUUCUCGGCGGACGAACGCGCCUUCACCAGCUUCUGGGUGGGACUCUGGUCCGUGCUGUGCUUCAUCUCCACGUUGACCACCGUGGCCACUUUCCUCAUUGACAUGGAGCGGUUCAAGUACCCAGAGAGGCCCAUCAUCUUCCUGGCUGCCUGCUACCUCUUCGUCUCCUUGGGCUACAUCAUCCGUCUGGUUGCGGGUCACGAGCGAGUGGCUUGUGGCUACAGCGGCCUCGGCGGAAGCCAGCUGCACGUCCUGUAUGACGCUUCCGGCCCCGCWCUCUGCACCCUSGUCUUCCUGCUGGUGUACUUCUUCGGGAUGGCCAGCUCCAUCUGGUGGGUGGUGUUGUCCUUCACGUGGUUUCUCGCGGCGGGAAUGAAGUGGGGCAGCGAGGCCAUUGCUGGAUACUCGCAGUACUUCCACCUGGCUGCGUGGCUCAUCCCGAGUGUCAAGUCCAUCGUGGUCCUCGCUCUCAGUUCCGUGGACGGGGAUCCCGUGGCYGGAAUCUGCUACGUCGGGAACCAGAGCCUGGAGAAUCUGAGGGGGUUUGUGCUGGCCCCUCUCGUGGUCUACCUCUUCACAGGCUCGCUGUUCUUACUGGCUGGGUUUGUCUCUUUGUUCCGCAUCAGGAGCAUCAUCAAACAAGGUGGCACCAAGACGGACAAACUGGAGCGGCUGAUGAUCCGAAUUGGGCUCUUCACAGUGCUGUACACAGUCCCCGCCACCAUCGUGGUGGCAUGCCUGGUGUACGAGCAGCACUACCGACCCGGCUGGGAGCGAGCCCUGGCCUGCUCCUGCCUGUCGGAGCGCCAGCGCUCGGGCCCGGACUACGCCAUCUUCAUGCUCAAGUACUUCAUGUGCUUGGUGGUGGGCAUCACAUCCGGAGUUUGGAUUUGGUCGGGAAAAACUCUGGAGUCCUGGAGGAGAUUCGUGGCCAGAUGCUGCCCCUGCUGGCCACAGAAGGUCACUGCACCGCCUUCCAUGUACAGCGAAGCGAGCACAGCCUUGACGGGGCACACUCGGACUGGGUUGUCAUCGGGGAUCUAUCAGAAAGCCCCUCCGUCCCAUAUAUGAACUGUGUGGCAACACGAAGCAUUUUAGAGAACCUGUGAAUGUGGACAAGAAACCAGAACUAUAAGUUUGUGUCAUUUUACCCUAAAUAUAAACUAUAAACAGUAAAUACUGAACGAAAAGAUUCAGAGUGUAAAAGAAAAAAAGGGUAAAAAGUAUAUAUCUAUAGAAGCGUACAGUAUGGGAAAUAAUAGUUAAAACAAAAGCAAAACAUACGUUUGAGACUCUCGACAGAAAUCUCUAUAAGUGAUUUUAUUUUAUUUUUGCACUGCAGCUGAGACACUUGACCAAAUCGGACUCUCACUUAAAACAAGCAAUCCUCCCCUGAGGUAAUCGGAUAUUCCUGAGCACUGGAAAAAAAAAAAUAAAAAAAUAUAUAUUUAUUGUUGUACAUACUGCAAAUAUUUGUUGUAAAGACAAGAAAAAAAACCAACGUAAUGUUUCUGUUAAAAAAAAACAAAAAAACAACAUACUGCCAAGCUACGUAUAAGAGCACAGAAACAGUAAUUGUCCAUAAAUGUGAUGUUUGAGUGGUGUUGCUCUGUGUGAAUCCAAACUGAAUGUGCUCUUGGAAAUUCAUUACUGUGACUAGGAACUUCCUUUGUUUCGUCUGUAUAGUGCGCUCUAACACGACCUCUUUAGUUCUGUGAACUCAUUAAAGUGUCUUUGUGAAAGGAGA